CCCCGCGGAGCGCUGCUGGGCCAGCUGGUCUGUGGCGAGCCGCGGACGCCGGUCUCUGUUCCGCAGGAUGGGGUUUGUUAAAGUUGUCAAGAAUAAGGCUUACUUCAAGAGAUACCAAGUGAAAUUUAGAAGAAGACGAGAGGGUAAAACUGAUUACUAUGCCCGGAAACGCUUGGUAAUUCAGGAUAAAAAUAAGUACAACACACCUAAAUACAGGAUGAUAGUUCGCGUAACCAACAGAGAUAUCAUUUGUCAGAUUGCUUAUGCCCGUAUAGAAGGAGACAUGAUAGUUUGUGCAGCGUAUGCUCAUGAACUCCCAAAGUAUGGUGUUAAGAUUGGCCUGACAAAUUAUGCUGCAGCAUAUUGUACUGGCCUGCUGCUGGCCCGCAGGCUUCUCAAUAGGUUUGGCAUGGAUAAGAUCUAUGAAGGCCAAGUAGAAGUGACUGGAGAUGAAUACAAUGUGGAAAGCAUUGAUGGUCAACCUGGGGCCUUCACCUGCUAUUUGGAUGCAGGUCUUGCCAGAACUACUACUGGGAAUAAAGUUUUUGGGGCCCUCAAGGGAGCUGUGGAUGGAGGCUUGUCUAUUCCUCACAGUACCAAACGAUUCCCUGGUUAUGAUUCAGAAAGCAAGGAAUUCAAUGCAGAAGUACAUCGGAAGCACAUCAUGGGUCAAAAUGUUGCAGAUUAUAUGCGUUACCUAAUGGAAGAAGAUGAAGAUGCUUACAAAAAACAGUUCUCUCAAUACAUAAAGAACAACGCUCCAGACAUGAUGGAAGAGAUGUAUAAGAAAGCUCAUGCUGCUAUUCGAGAGAAUCCAGUCUAUGAGAAGAAGCCUAAGAAAGAAGUCAAAAGGAAGAGGUGGAACCGUCCCAAAAUGUCUCUUGCCCAGAAGAAAGAUCGGGUAGCUCAGAAGAAGGCAAGCUUCCUUAGAGCUCAGGAGCGGGCUGCUGAGAGCUAAUAAACCAAACCACAAUUUUCUAUGAAGAUUUUUCAGAUAAAGACAAUAAUAAACUUAUUCACCAAG